AUGGCUUCAGAGCAUCCCACCAUUCUCCUUCCCCCUCGAACGCCUACUCCUCCGCUCGACGAAGAUGGAGACUUGGACAGAUUCGCCAAUUCUCCCACCAAGUCGGUCUUCGAUCCUAGCUCCCUAUCACCCAUGGAUGAGAACUUCCCUGUCCAACGGUACAGUUCAAGGGAUGGCUAUGCGACAACGACUCUCCCCCUGAGUACUUCCGACCCAAAUGCCAUGAACAGUCCCAUGUCCGUCGAAAGCAAUACAAGCUACGGCAGUACACUCAUGGUGGAGGACUCUAAGGGCGUAUUCAACUUCCAGCCUUCGUUGAUGCCAAAAGCGCCAGUCACAAAAUCUAACAUCGGCCAAAGAAGAGGCCACAAGUAUAAACACAGCAGCGUCUCACACCAAUUCUUCCUUGAACACGAACCGCGCGCUCCUCUUGCUCUCCCAAAUUCCCUACCCAUCCCUACUCUCAAAGAAUGCCAGAAGUCCAUGUCUAAAGAUCAAAACACCCGCUUCUGGUGGUCAAUAUGCCACAUGGCGGUCGCAGCCUACACUCUAUGGUCAGCCGAAGGCUCCCUCGCCCUCACUGCCCUCUCCCACCUCAUCCUCUUUGACUCCCUGGGCGCCAUGCUCUGCGUUGUCGUGGACAUACUCGGCAAUUUUGAAGUGUGGAAACGCUCUUCAAUACGGCAUCCCUUCGGACUCGAGCGCGCGGAAGUUCUCGCCGGCUUCGCCAUGUCGGUCCUCCUUCUCUUUAUGGGCCUAGAUCUCAUCUCUCACAAUCUACAGCAUGUGCUCGAGGGUCUGGGAUCGCAUGAGGCUCACCACAGCCAUGGCCAUGAGCGAGUAUCAGCCGGCGAAGUCGAUUCUGCUUCUGUGCUUGCCAUCGUUGCUACCCUCGUAUCCGCUUUGGGCCUCAAGAAUCACGCCCGUAUAGGAAAAGCUAUGCGCUUCGCCUAUAUCGAAUCUCUACCGUCGAUCCUAGCUAACCCCUCGCAUUUCCUCACCAUUUCCUGCUCGCUUCUUCUGCUUCUCCUCCCUCUCCUGAGCAUAAAGGUCUACCUCUGGCUCGACCGUGCCCUCUCUACCACCAUCGCGCUAUCCAUGUGCAUCCUCGGCUUCCGUCUCGUGCGCACCCUCGGCUUCAUGCUCCUCAUGUCCUAUGACAGCGGUAACACUGUCGCCGAUAUAAUGCGCGAUAUAGAGUCCGACCCGUCGGUGACGGCGAUCGAGGGUGCGAAGUUCUGGCAGGUACAUUAUGGGCUGUGUAUGGCGUGUCUGACGCUGAGGGUCAGGGGUAGCGAGGAGGGGCUGAGCAGACUGAGGGACAGAGUGACAGGAUUAGUGAAGGGGAGAUUGGGUGGUGGAUACGGAGGUGGAGGGACGAGAUGGGAGGUCAGUGUACAGUUUGAUUUGGAUCGCUUUUGA